ACUAAUAGUAGUUAAUUAAAAAUUAAUCAGAGCCUAUUAGACUAAACCUGAUUCAACUAAUCCGAAUUCGAUCCAAGUCAGGCUAAAAUCGCGGGGGCGAAGGCAUUUAUUAGGCCUCACAACUCUUUAAAAACACUCAAAACAUCCCACAUUCCAAACAUUGCAUCCUCCCAACAAAAUUUUAGUUUUUUUAUUUUUCUGACAACAGAAAAAAAAAAAAAAAAAAUGGCAGAAACCAUCAGCACUCAUCAUCAAACCAUCAAAAACCCAGAAAUUCAAUACUACAGUUCUUGGUUUUCCCCAGAAACAGGAAUUUACAGCAGUAAACACCCCAAAAUUAAUCUCCCAAAAACCCCAUUUCUUGACAUUGCUUCUCACAUUUUCUCUUACCAUAAAAAUGGCAGCAGCAACUCUGUUCUUGCUGAUUCUUCAUCUGGGUAUUCAAUCCCAUAUUCUCAACUUUUUCCUCUUGUUAAAUCCAUGGCAUGUGGGCUCCACCAAAUGGGGAUUUCUAAGGGUGAUGUUGUAUUAAUUUUCUUACCAAAUUCAAUUUAUUUUCCAAUAAUUUUUCUGGGUAUUGUUUAUCUGGGUGCCAUUGUUACACCCAUGAAUCCUCUGUCUUCUUUCUCUGAGGCAAAAAAACAAACACUUAGCAGUCAUGCAAAAUUAGCCUUUACUCUACCUGGAAAUGCAGAAAAGUUAUCAUCUUUAGGCCUUAAAAUCAUUCAAGUUCCUACAAAUAUCCUUAUUAGAGAAGAAACCCAGAAUUUUCCUGAGUUUUCUAACCUCAUUUUUGGUAAAAAUCAUGAAAAGACUCCAUUUUUACCCCCUAAAAUCAACCAAGAUGAUACAGCAGCAAUACUGUAUUCUUCCGGUACAAGUGGUGCAAGCAAAGGUGUUAUGCUUACACACAGAAAUCUGAUUGCAACAGUGGAGUUAUUUGUAAGAUUUGAAGCAUCACAAUAUAACGAAAAUAUGGAUCAUGAAAAAAAUGUAUAUUUGGCUGUUAUGCCAAUGUUUCAUAUAUAUGGGCUUGCAUUAUUUGGAGUUGGUUUGAUUUCUUUGGGAACUAAUAUAGUAGUGAUGACACAUUUUCCUCUUGUUCCACCAAUUUUGGGAGCAUUGACAGCAAAAGCUAAGAGUUUAGGUGGUGUUUUUGGGGUUAGUCAGUUGUGCAGUUUGAAGCAGGUUUCUUGUGGUGCUGCCCCUUUAACUACUAAAAUUCUUGCUGAUUUCUUGCACACUUUCCCUACUGUUGAUUUUUAUUCAGUGUUGCUGAUGACAAAGCUGGGGAGAUACCGGUGGCGUUUGUCGUGAAGAAGCCCGGGAGCUUACUGUCUAGGAACGACAUUGUCAAAUACGUUCCAGACAUGGUAGCGCCACACAAGAAAGUGAGGGAAGUGGUGUUUGUGAAGUCGAUACCGAAAUCAGUAGCAGGGAAAGUACUAAGGAGAAAUUUGAAGAACUUGCUGCCUUCCAAUAGUUCCAAACUCUAGCAUUUCGAUCUUAAUUUAUGUAAAUUAGAAUGAUAUGAAAGAUACUGUGAUCAUUUUUGGUUUUGUGUCAUAUUGCUUGAUUUAGCUCAAGUGUAAUUUGAUCCUCAUUUUUCACAAAACAGUGCCUUGUAUGAUGUUCAUAUACAGAGUGUAAUCAACAUUUGAUUACCAAAUUGCGCUAAAAGUUGUACUCUCUCUGAUUUUUUUAAGCCUACCAAGCCAACCGACACAAUUGCUGAUGCAAAAUUUUGGUAUGAUAUUUAUACUCUGUAUUAUUCCCUCCAUCCCUUAAUACAAUGCCUCUUUCUCUUUAUUAUGUGAGGAAUAAAUAAUCAAAAGAGGCAUUGUAUUAAGGGAAGGAGGGAGUAUUUCAUAACCCCCAUAUUUGUAGGUGCGAAAUUUCAACAUAGGCAUAUUUCAUUUUGUAAAAGUUGAUAUUAGAAAAAAAAAUUAUUAGGACUAUUUUUAUAAGUAUUCAAAUGACUAUAUUUUAAUCUUUUAUAUAAAUCGCAAUCCCUUAUCAAAGUAGUGUAGGACUAAGUUGGAGCAUAGCUGAAAAAAAAAGGGCACUUAGCAAAA